ACUCUCAAAAUGGAAAAAAUCUGAAUGCGUGAGGAGGGGCUAGCAGUGAUCUCAUCCCUGCACGGGACACAACCUUUGCGGGAGUUUCUGCAGGUUGUGUUAUCUCCGCUGAAGGUUUUCAUUUCAAAAGUAAUCCAGCUGGAUCAAGAACACGUUCAGAGAUCUUCCUGCUCAAGCAGGAAGCGUAAAGCGCUUUGUAAAGCGCUCACCUCUUAAUAGUGAUCUAAAGGCACACAGUUCUUCUGAAAGUCAAAUGUGCGGGGAAACAAGAUACAACAAAGACAAGAUACUGCAAGGUCAAGGAGUGGAUGAGCCCCUCUCUGAUACUGGUUUCAGACAAGCAGAUGCUGCUGGUGUAUUUCUCCGUAAUGUCAAGUUUACUCAUAUCUUUUCAAGUGACCUCCUUCGAGCAAAGCAGCAAGGCUUCAGUAUCUUGCCAGCAAACACCCUCCUGCCUCUGCUUCAAGAGUAUUUGAUUUCAGAGACUGCUGCCACAAUUAUAGGAAAAAAUAAGUUUUGCAAAGAUUUGGAAAUCAAGUAUGAUGCAAGACUUCGAGAGAGAAAGUAUGGUGUUGCAGAAGGAAGACCUUUGACUGACCUGAAGGCAAUGGCAAAGGCUGCUGGAGAACAGUGUCCUUCAUUCACGCCUUCUGGAGGAGAAACACUGAAUGAAGUGAGAGGACGUGCAAGGGAUUUCUUUGAAUUUCUGUGUCAGCUAGCUGUUGAAGCAGGACAGAAAGAGCAAAAGAUGCAUAGUGCAGCAAGCAACAGCUUAGGAACAUCUGAAGUACAGUCAAUUUUCCCUUGGACAAACCAUGGCAGUGAAGCAGAACUUAGCUCUGAUAACGGUGGAGCUUCUAAGCUGUUAGAUGCCAAUAUAUUAGUGGUCAUUCUGUUACAAUGAAAGAGUACCUUUUACUCAUGAAAGACUUAAGUAUGGAUCAGCUUUCCUGACUCUACUUGGAAGAACCGCUGAUGUUAAAAUUGCUUGCAAUUGUACCAAAUUAACUAUUUGAAACUUCUUUGACUACGUUGUCCUAUGUACUCUAAACUAUUUAGCUUCUUGGUCUUGGAGCAGGGACUUGAGUUUUGGGGAGGAAGAAGAGGUUGCUAUUGUUUCCUUGAACAGGUACCUCUACUUAACUGCAGCGCAAUUGAAAACUAACAACAGAAAUGUUUAAGGUUCUGUACCUUGUUUCUUCCAUUCCUGCGACUAUGAUUCAACAGGGAACUUCUCUUGAUUCCUGCUUGAACACUGAACGAGGAUCUGCUUCUCUUCUUAGUGUUAAGAUUGUAGCUUAACCAAUCCUGAUACUACUAAAGUGGAGAGGAUAAAGUGCGAGUGUUCAGUCCUGUAAUAACAAAAGAUAGUCCUCUAAGGUAGUGGUCUCCAGAACCUGGAAAGGAACUUAAUGUUUUUUACUUACUACAGGGCUUGUUUAUCUAGCAAAUGACUGUGAAACCAUCUGCUACUGUGCCUGAAAACUAGUCCGCCAAGAGGAAGCAACUUACCUGUUCUCUAAAAAUGGAUGCUGAAUAACUGGCAUCAGCAGGGAUUGGGCUUUCAACCUAUAAGGUAUUAUGUAGUGUGAAGGACUGGAGUACUUUACAGUUGUGAAGGCAAAUUUAAAUCCAUGUAUGCUGAAUUUCUACACUGAUAUCUAAACUUGCUAGUUGUUGAUAAACUGCAUUCCUUCCACUUACGUGAAAGUGUAGUUAGGGAAGGCCACUUAAAGGCUCCUUGGAAACUUCAUGUACCUCCUCCUCCCCAACAUGAGGCAGUACAUAAAUGUGUAAGUAUCUCUGAAGUUUUAUGACUACAAGGUUUUCAGCAAACAUGGCACGUUCAUAUGAGAACGUCCUAGGGAAACUUGAGAUUUUUCUAAAACAUAAAACCGUGCUUUAUUCAAAAUAGCUUUGUUUCAAAUCUUUAUUUCAGUCUUCACUUAAGAACACCUUUGUUUUGAAUGAAGUAUUCAAUUCCAAUGUUAUUAGGAAGUAAAAAUUUCUGAAGUCAAAUAGUUGGCUUUAUUGACAUUAUGUAUGUUUACCGUUCAAAUAGUAACUUUGUAUUUAUGAAAAUAAAAAGGGCCUCUUUCUAAUCAAAAGUACAGAGAUAACAGUGGUAGCUGGACAAAUUGCUCAGGAUUUUUUGUUUAAAAGUGUCCAUAUUUUAUCCAUAAAUAAAAGAAAUAGUUCUUGACACUUUGAAGGAAAUGUAUGAGUAUGCAAGAAGGAAAAACAGGAACUUGGGCUUUACACAGACUGUUGAAGCUUCUUGUGAAGUGCAUCUUUCUAGAGGGCUCCUGAAUCCUAGAUUGAUGAUGAUCACUGAAGAAGGUAGAAAAGUUUAAUUAUGACUACUGACAGAGCUUAUGGAAGACGGUAGGAGGGGAGUUUGUUCUUAAAAUGCUUGUGCCUGAUAGUGCAUAUUUAUUUCAGGAAGGCUACUUAUAUAGCAAAGAGAUUUUCCUAUUAGUGCGUUAAAAAGCUUGAACUUUUCCAUAAUUGCCAUGUCUUGAAUUUUGUCAGCCCUUAGCUGACCCUGGAUCAGAAAUGAGUAAUACGUCUUCGAGCAGAAUCAACCAAAUUAAAAAUGUGCAUCCUUCUUCAACUAGAAAGUGAGUGGAGAGACCUAAUACAUUAUCUUUUGUAAAUCACUAACUUUUGUUGGAUAUUUCCAAACACACUGAUUUGUGUGAUUCCCCUAGAUUAAAAAGUUUUAUUUUUCUUUUCUUCCCUACCCUCAGACACCUUAAUUACAUUUUGCUCUUGCUGAUGAGAUACCAUACAAGAACAUCUACUUAAUAGUAGAUACUUGGUUAAGCGCUUUGCCUUCUCCUGGGUAAUGCUCUUCCCUUGAGGACCUUUGACCCUACCAAUGCACUUUACCUUCUUUAAUGUGUUUGUAGGUGUUUAGAAUUUAGACCCAUCUUAAGGAAUCUGUGCUUACAGUUGUUUUCUUUAUGUUAUUGUUAACAAAGUCUUACAUCUUAAGUUAGCUCUCAAGUAGGGGAAGAAGAAGGUACAAAAGUACCUGCCUUGAAUAAUACCAAGAGACAAAACCAUUCCAGUUUCCUAAAUAGUUCCUGUGUUGAUGAAGCAACAUUUUUCAGUGGAAAAAUUUGUAAGCCAGAAACUCCUAAUCAGGACUUUGUAGAACACGUACUACAUCGGUACAAGCAUAUCAACACUAACUAUUUACGGAUGGUGUGUAAGACUAGAAGGAAAGACCUUGCAUUAUUGCACUGAGAAUUUUAUAACUACAGGUUAUUCUUUUCAUAUCUAAAAUAAGUGUUCUGAAAAAGUAAUUCUAGAUACUUGUAGAGGAUAGAUCCAUGAGACAUAAGUAUGGUGAGAAAGAGAGAGAGAACAUAUUAAGUUCCUCAACAACAAACUACCAGGGGCUGGAGGAGUAUAAGCAGUCAAGGGUGUUAAUGCAGUUGCCCUGUUGUAUUCUUUCCCUGCAUAUGUGUUCCCGGCAUUGUUGGGAACAGGAUACUGGCCUAGAUGAGCCUACAUAUAGCCCUAAUAUAGUUACACUUUUUCUUUCACUGUUAUGGUAUCAGAUGUAAUCUUCUCUGUGCAUUAAAAAUAAGUGCUUCUGGAAGCUUCUGAAGUCAAUUGUAGACUUUUUCCCCUUUUAAGUCCAUAUAUGGUACUGGUCUUUUUAAGUCUUUGAAUUGAUGUUGAGAUUCAACCUUUCUUCUUGCACUUUUAAUAACUUGACUCUUUCUGUACAUUUGUACAGUAAUUCUUUACAGUUUAUUGGGAAAGGAGAGCUGAAGUUAUAGAUGGUUCUGUUAGGAAUAAUAGCAAAAAAUAAAUAUUAGAGAAAUUACUCAGUAGUUGGAAAUGAAUGUUUUUGUCCUUGUGAAAUGCCAGUCUCUAAUUAGCAGCAGUAGACAAGGCCUAACUACAGGGUGAAUUUCCAGCAGCAGCAGCUGUCGAGAUGCAGCCAAGAAGUUGUGAAAGUAAAUUGAGUUAUUAAACACAUUACCAGGACAAUAAGAAUAUUCAAGUGAUGAGGUACAUUUCUUUUGAAUCCCUUUGUAAGAAAAUACUGCUGAAAUAAAUGUUAGAAACAUCUCAGUUUGCCCAUAUAAUGACCUCUAGUUAGAUCUGAGAGAACUGAUGUUUACUUUAAAGUUAUCUUUAAAACUGGUGAAGAUUAAAACAAAAGCUAUCCUGGCAGGCUUUCUCAGUUGGGCAAUAGGAGAAGGUGACAGUGGAGAUCACAAACACCAAGAGGAAGCUCAGUCCCCCUCUUUUUAAAGCUAAUAUUUUCUUUUGCUGAAGUGUUCAUUUGGGGUUCUGCUCCCAAAAAAGUGAUGCUUCAGAAGGUGGGGAGUUGUGACUUUCUUUGACAAAGCCCUUGUUCAUAAGUGGUGCUUUACUAGGCCAGACUUCAUUUGAUGAAGAGAGAGACAAAGAGGAUUUCCAUGUAUGUAUUUUCCAUGUAUGUUAGCACCCUUCUUGCUCAGUUUUGGCUUCACCAACACCAUCUUGUAGCAGGACUGCUAAGUAUCCAGCAGCCAUCAGACAUGCAGCUUGACAGAGUGCUCUGGUAAAACCAGUUUCUUUCCUCUAAAGCAUCAGUACUUGUUUAAAGAUACUUGCUUUCAUUGCACAGUUCUCUGCUGGGUUUAUGUUUUCCAGACAUAGUUCUGACCUUGCAAUAGUGGACUUUUUUUUGGUUCUGUUUUGUACAGAACUUAAAUCAGAUGUGUUCUGAAUCCAGGUUUUUUAUAUUUCAUGAGACUGUCUCAGACCCACAGCCCACAUGCCUGGACUUAAAAUAUGUCAGAUUUUCCCCAGAUGUGUCCCUGUUGGGAGAGCUUUGGCCAUAAGCCUGUGGUUUUUGGAUAUAUAGUAAUCCCAGGCAAAUGGCAGCUACAUAAGUACAAAUUAACUGCACAGUACGUGAGCUAUUUCUGUGGCAUCCCUGGGUAUGGCAAACCUGCUGUGGGGAUGAUCUGUACGUACAUGGUAAAUCCAACACUUUCCAGGCAGGUCUCAUGCUGAGGAAGCCCUAGGGUCACUUGCAAGCAUCUCUGGGAUUUCCUGGCAUGUGGGAAGCCCUGUGUGAGCUUAAAAAUGUUCCAUCUGCACGUUAGAAGCUUGUAGUGAGGCCCCUGAGAGCACAAGCAGAGGACAAUAACAACAGAGGCCUUGAGAAUACAGGUGCAGGAUGAUGCCAGAGGCCCCAGGGAUAAAAACACAAAUCUUAAAUGGGCAAUUAAAGGAACGCAGGCUUGAGAUCCUGGCAGAACCAGUUCUGGGGCAGGCUUGAGCAUGAUAUCUUUUUGUUGUGAUGGCUAGCUGGUUUAUCAAACCAUAACUAAACUAAAGAGAGAUGACACGCUAGACUUGAUGGUGAUAAACAGUGGAUAUAUUUUGGAAGAGCUAGCUGUUGUAAGCUGAAUCCACUUAAAAGGCAGGGUAAAAAGGUUUUAUUUCACAAAGGUAAGCAUCACAAAAUUAGUUAAUGAAGUCAGCUGUACUGAAGAGUCUUAAAUGGACUUAAAAAUGAAAGGAGAGAAAUUUACAUUUUUUGAAAUUGAAGGUAUGAAAGUUAUCUGGAAUUUAUAUUCUACUCAGGCAAAAAUUAUGGGGAAGAUCUCUAGACCCACCUGGAUGAAUAAUCCUAUUAGAAAAAUUUAGUAACAGUCAGAAAGAGAGCCCAUAAGGAACAGGAAGUUUUAUCAUAUAGGAAGUUGCAUCAUAGAUAUAAAAUAAUGAGAAUUUGCAAAACAAAAUAAGUAGCAAAAAGACCUUGAGCAUAUAUGCAUAUAUCUAAAUAGAGAAUAAGGAAAGAAGUUUUAGAACUGUUGCAGAGUGUGGAUGGAACAGAGAUUAGAAAUUGUGAGGUAUAUUUCAAAAAUAUGUUACUUCAUUUGUAGCAAUAUUGAGCACAAAGGUAAAAAGGAGGAUGGCUAAUGGGGAUGAGGAUAGGGAAAAUACUGCAUUUAAAGCCAAGAAUCAAAUAAUUUAAUAUGCUGCUGUCAGGGGAAAUGACUAAUCUUUAUCCCAGAAUUCUGAAAGCACAUCUAAAAUUACAUAUCCGUGAGCAAAUAUUUAAAAUAGAUCUGUCAAGUUGGGUGUGGAACUAUAUGACUAGAAAAUAGGAAAUAAAAUUUUUUUUUAUAAAAAACUGUUAGUUUGACCCUAAUAGCAUUCAAUGCUUUAGAACAUAUUUCUAGAGAAUGUAAUUACAGAUAGAAGGCUAAAUAGAGUCUAGAAUAUUAAUAAAUGAAGUUUUCUUAAAGUAGAUCACGCUAGACUAAACUAAUAUUUCUCUGAUGAAAUAAAUGAUGUCUAGACAAGGGAACAGUGACAGAAUAUAAUUUAGGUGAAUUUUAACUGAACACUUGACACAGUGCCACAAGGGAAACCGUCAGCUCAACUGGAAAAGAAUGUUACUAGAAUAAAGGUGAAGUAGAUAAGCAAGCAACUUAUGGGCAGAUAAGUAGCAGUGUCAAGUACUAAGCUGGAAUGGAGUAAGUAUUUGAGUUCCUCAUUGGCCAAUUUUUUGUCAAAACAUUUGAAUAAAAAUAAAGGAAUGUGGAAGUGUAAAUGAGGAGGCAUCAUCAAUACCUAAAUGGGUCAGGAUAUCAUGCAGAGGAAGAAAUGGAGGAUUUGAGGACUGGGAUUAGAGAAAUGGAAUGAAACCAUCUACUAUGGAGUGCCAGCUCAUACACCUUGAUAUCAAUAACAAGAAUGUCUACUACAAGCAGGAAGAUAAUAUUUAGAAAGCAGGAGAGUAACCUAGGGUUAUAUUAACCUCUAGAUGACUGUGGGUAGUUGGUGUUGUUGCAGUGGAAAAAAGCAAGUCUGGUCCUGAAAAGUGUGGCUGGUCAAUGUGAGGAGGCAUUAAUGCCAUUGUACAAGCACUGAUGAGAUCUCCCCUGCAACUCUGUGUGUAAUUCUUGCCACCUUUGGGGAAGAACUGGGAAUUGGAAUGCUCCUGUGAAAAGGGAAGCCAAUAACCUUAGUUAAAUUAAUCAAAAAUAUUGAGUCAUUUAGAUAAACGCUGACAGCAUUCUUAAAAAAAAUAAAAUCCUUUUCCCAAUAGAUCCAGGAGUAGUUGGUGUUUAAUGCCUGGUUAUUUCCAGGGGGAUUGAGUAGGCAAUUAAGCUUAGGAAAAUUGCUUUUUCUAAACUGUGCCUUCCCAAGGAUGUGGCUUAUCCUGAAAGCUCAGUGAUAAGAAUGAAGUUCUUUCCUGGGUGGAGGAGUGGUACAAGUCUAUGUCUCAUUUAAAUGCUCAGAAUAGGGCUGGAAUAGGGGAAACCUACUUUACAGAAGGAUUUCAAGCUGAGUAAAAUACCAAGAAAUUUGUAGAAAUUGAGACCUAAAUUCAGCUAAUAAUCCUACUACUCAUAUCCUAAGACAAGUCCUUUUUUCUUCUAAAAAUAUUUAGGCUAUAUCUAGUAUUGUGCCUUUGCCUCAGCAAACAGUCUCCUUGUUAAUGCAUCAAAGUGUAUUCAAAUGUAAUGAAGAAUAGUUGGGGAUCAAGAUUUGCCCAGAAUUCUAGUAUGGCUGUGUUGUCUUAUUCAGCUUACUAUAUGCAGCGUGCAGCUUUCCUUUACUUCAGCAAAAGCUCAUAGUCCUCAAUUAAGUUACUAAGCAAAGUACUCAGAUUUCUAUAAGAUAUUAGCAAGGUCAAGCAUUCAGCAAUGCAAAGCAGAAUGGGACGUGUGGCUGGUUAAAGAAGACAUGGUAAACUACAAGAAUAAGGAUGAAAAGGAAGUGAAAGAGUUCUGGAAGAGACGUGAAUCAUCAUGCUUUAGAAUCUAAUACACAUCACAAGGCUCAGAAAGAAUCAGGUUCUACUGCACCCCAAUUGGGACCCUUCUUUCAGUUGCCUAGUACUGGUUACUGUAAGGACAGGAGUUUGGACCAGCUGUGAACCUUCAUUUGCUGCCUUCUUCCGCUAGAACACCACCACCACCAGGUAAAAAAUCUCAAGAUUCUCUUAUUUCUCUCAGUAGUCGCAUAUGCCUCAUAAUCUUGGUAGUGUCCAAGCCUAAUAAAUAAACAUUCGAGUGUUUAUUCAUGCCUUUUUUCAAACAUACUUCAUUAAUAAAAAUAAAACUUCACUCAUCCCUGUGAGAAUCAUGAGCGUUUGGGUGCAAAUGAUGCAGAAAUGUUUUUUGUCUUGCAUCUUCAGCAUAAAUCCUCCACAUAAGCCCCUUCCUCCUCUCCUAACCAGGGACUUUCUUUGUCUUCUAAAAGAGACGGAAACAGAUAUAAAAAGAGGAUGAGUCCCCAUUAAAUCAAGCCAAGAGCCUCUAUGAAGACAAGGGUAGUGGAAGACAGAAUGGUGGGUGAUGAAAAGCACCUAGCAACAGCCAGCACAGAAAGCAAUAGAGCAGAACUGGUGGUUGCACGUGUCUGUGUUACGCUCAGCAGCUGUGCCUCAUCCUAGGCAGCAGUCUAGGAAGUUAGCACUUCCUCAUAACACCUAAGGCUCUAAUAGAUUUGGCAGCACAUUUUCAAAGGCUAUCAGCAGCCCAGCCCAUGCCACAGGAAAACUUGGACUGGUAGACCUUUUGCAAAGACACUUUUGUUCUGGGCUUUAUUUACCAUUACUAUUUAGCGCUGCUAUCAAAAAAUGAAAGGCAAAAUGAUGAUGACUGAAAGUCUUGCAAGCUUAUAGCUGUACUUGUUUCAAAAGUUAGUGAAGAGGAGAGGGUUACAGGAUUGUUAUUGAAGAGCAGUUUAUAAAAUUCUACAAUUUACAAUGACAUGAAAUCUAGAAACAGAGAAUAGCAAGAGGUUCUUUAAGCAUUCAGCUCAGUCCCCUCUGCUUCUUGCUCCUGCAUGUUGUGGAAGAAGAAAGCACUGGCCAAAGGAAAUGUGAGGACCUUCUCAGGAAAGUGAGAAGGCAUCGAGCUACUAUAAAUUCAAAAACCCACUCAGGCAAAAAAAGCAGGCUAGUUUAUUUUUUACUUCAAAAAGAGUUACUUUAAUGCAAAAUCAAAAGCAAUAUUCCACCUGCUUUAAUCUGGUAAAUCCAUCAAUGGAAAGCUGAGGCUGUACUAUAGACAUUUGUUUCAUAAGCCAAUGUGUUGAGCUCAUAACAAGGAUUUUGGUGCAUUUGGAUUUUGCUUUAAAUGGGUCCGGAUUCAUCCUGAACUCUGUGUGAAAGCUCAAAAUACCAAAUUUUCUGCUUAUUUCCCUCCUAAAUUACUUUUCCCUCUGGUGCAUCAACUUAGUUCCUUCUCUACAUUCAAGAGCUUACAAGAAUUGAGCACUGCACAACAUAUCAGCAACUGUACUCAGUGGUUUUUCAUCUCGAUAUUGGUUAUUUGUCCUAAAAAGAGUCAAAACACAAAACAGCAUGGACCUGAGCAUAAGUCAUAACUCCUGCAUUGUUCUCAGCUGUGCUGAGCUGGAUUGGAACAGAUACUCCUAUCCCUUAGCUCCUUAUACUACAGUCCCUAAACUGUCACAUCCUGCUUGAGUUUCUACAGCUUCCAAGUCCUGAUAUUACAUGCUUCCUUCCUCAGCCUUCCCUGCCAUUUCUUGCAGCUCUGCUUUCCUCUCAUACUCUUUUACUUCUUUCCUGUCUUCUUUCUUUGCAAAAUUCUCUGUGUUCCAAAGAUGCAUAUAACUUGAAAUCCUCAUGAUGCAGCAAACCACCAACCUCCCUGUAAUAUCAUGUCAUCAGAAGGUCACUUACCAUUUCUCAGCCACUCCCCUUUCUUUUUCUUCUUUUCUGUCUUUUACCAUCACAUCAGCUCUAUGAGGAAGCAAGGGGGAACCUUACUUUCAGAUAUCCUCACCCUGUGUUGCCCUGUGGCUGAUACCAGCUCGGGUUCCUUGAUUUCCUACACAGGUUAAGCCCACCUUUAUAAGUAACAUGAGGUGCAUAGCAGUGGUAAAUGGGGUCUUGUCCCUGCCAGUGUGUCCCAAAAGCAUGUUGUAAACCUGUAAAAAUACCAUCAAUUAUUUCAAGCUUCUAACAAAACAAUUUUAAUGGAUUUCUACAUGGGGAAUAAAAACAUAAGCAUACCAUAUGCAGAGGACAUGACCCAAAGGAGCUGAUGACUUGAGAAACAAUAUAAACACCCUAUAUGACCUAAGCAUAAGGGAAGAUUAUUUUCUCUUCCUUAAUAUCUGAAAAAGUAAAUGUGUCAUAUAUGCUUGCAUGCUCCUGCACAGAGCACUUUAAUGCUCCCCAGCACACGCUGCCAGGAUCCAAUCUGCACAUACCAGUGGGCCUCUUUAUCACCCGCAAGGGCAGUAGGGGGCUUUCCUGAAGGAGAGCCCCACAGGGAGCAGCAAGGAAUGCGAACAAUGGGGGUCCCUGCUUCCUCCUACUGUUCCUGCCCUUAGAAAGCCAAGGGUCAUAGUCUCCCCUUCUUUUCAUCCCUAUGUAAGUAAAUAGCUAUGCCAUUAAAUUCGCAGUGGUAUAGAAGAUAAGUCCAUAGCUGAACUUACGAGGGAGCUGUUGUCCUUUGUGGAGCUGUGAGUAAGCAAUAAUGAACAGUGCAAGAAAUGCUGUAGGAGAGGGAAUUAGAUGAUAAUUGUGCCAUAUUGUCCUUCUCUGUCAUGUCAAGGUUGAACUCUGCUGCGAUCUGAAAGUAGCCUGGAGGGAAGCAAAACAUAGGGAAGAAACAUAGAUGUGUGACAUCUACUACCUGUUCUCAGGAGUGAGAAGUGUGCUCU